UAAUAGGUUCUUCCUUCUUCAUGCAGUUUGCCUAGCCUCGCCCCCCUCGCUCCUUUUAGUAUGUAUUUUUACCUGCAGGUAGUCUGAAUUGUAUGAUAAAAGGAAAGCAAGACAAACAAUAACAGACCCGAAACAGCACACUCCAUAAGAAGGCUUUUGGUUGUGGUACCUACCACUGCACUUCACCAGUCAUGAAUGAUCGCUCUUGGUUUGGCAUCCGAAUCAGUAGAAAAGGUGCGGAAGGCACCACAGCGUUUGGAUCUUCCGAUCUGAAGCAUCUCUUUGAGACCCUGCAUUCCGGAGAUGCGGCAUUGAUUAGAGACCAUUCCAACAACCCCAAUAGCGAAGAGAGGAUUUCGGAUGUGGUGGACCAGUGGCGAGACGAUAACUUGGACUUUUGGAAGGAAUACCUCGGCAUCGUUACCCUUCCAUGGGUCGAGAAGGGAACGGAGCAGCAAAAAGUCGCCGUUCUGAAAAUCUACAUCUCGGGACCAUUGCUCGGUAAGGACCAGCAAGCCGUGGAGCGUCAAUUCGAAAGUUUCUUGGCGGGAUACAGCACUGUCACUCUUCAUUCGCCCACCUGUGAUGGCUGCCUGCACUACCAUUUUGAUCGCGACGAGCAAGGAUUGUUUGUCCUGCCUGGAUUCACCAUCAAAUACAGGAGCCAGGAAUUACCAGUCGGUUUCUCUCUGCAGGAAAAUGAGAUCCGCACGAAAGUACAAGCUUUGGAUUGUCUAAAGGGGUAUCCCAAAGGAGCGCAAAAGUAUGAGGUGGCCAUUAUGACACAAUUGAUCCUCCUUUCUCAGAAACAAGCCGAAAACCAAGGGGAAGAGAAUUCCAACAAAGCUACAACGACUUUGGCCAGAAGAAUCCUCGGCAAGAUCGGUCUCACUCGAGAACAAACCAGUGGAAGAAUUGUGAUGGACCACAACCUGUUUGUUGGAAAAGACGAGGAGCGCUUGUGGCCCUUGGGAACGCUGUUCCUCAAACCAAGACCCGAAGGUCUCGGCAUUAAAACCUAUCCAAAUAAAAAAUACGAAGAGCUCGAUUUUGACAAUCUGGAGGUCAAGCUCGCGAAGGCACUCGAAACUCGGCGUCCCCGUGUCGUGGAAGCAUUCAAAUCCCUGAACAAGGAACGGACAAACAACCGUCCCAGCAAACGCCCCAAGCUAGCAACAAUCAGCGUACCCUUCCAAUAUGAUCCAUUCCAGGAAGACCCACGAAAGACCCUGUCAGAAGUCCGUGCCUGGACGCGUACUGUAGGGGAGUUGAUUGAAACAUUUGACCAACCCAAACAAUUUGAGCUCGAGUUUCGACAGGGGGGCGUCAGCAUGGCACUGGAGCGAUUGGAACGAGCCAAGCCAGACUGCAAAGAAGAGGCGAAGACUUAUGCCAGCACUUGGGCGCAGGCCCUGAACACUAGCAAUGAGAACCGUCAGGGGCACUUGGAAGCCAAUCAGCUUGAUGCCGACCGCUGGGUGUGCCUGUAUUUUCUUUAUAGGCUCUAUGACUGUUGCUGUGUAGAUGGUACCAGAGAGUUGGACCCGUCCAAAGUUACAAGUGUCAUUGAAGAGUUUGACAAGGGACGGCGCAUUGUGGGCAUACUGUAUCGUGUGCUUGUGUUUGACAGAGCCAAGGCAUUGCACUUUAACAAGGAAGACGAGACGGGAACACGAGGGAUGCAUUGGUAUGCCAAGAAACACCUGCAGAGGCCUACCUGGAAACACCAAAAUCCAAGCGGCCACACAAUCAACAAGAGGCUGGUUUGGUUUGUACACGAGCAUCUGAAAAUCAGCUCGGCGGCCAAUAAGGAUGGGUGGAUAUGGAGGCUCUUGGAGCCUGUUGAAAAGGGGUCUCUAUAUAAGUGGGCGAAUUCCUGAGAAUGGUUACAAACCCGUGCUACUGGUACGCCAUUCAGCAGCCUCGAUUACUUUAGGCUCCUAGGAGUUUGCAAUGAUAUCAAUGACCUCUAAAAAUGUAGUUUGGUGUGCACCAACGGAUGAAUUCAAUGCUCGUUGUUGCAUCUCUUCGAUGGUCG